CCAUCAUCAUCCCCCAUUACAUCAUUCCCAGCACAAUGCAGUUUUAAUCGCAAAUAGAGCUCAAGCCAAGCUCAUCAACUCACUUGGCUGCAAAUAGAAACAACACCACCAUCAAAAUGUCAAUUUUAUCCACUUUGGCCUAUUAUCGAACGGCUGUGUUUUAUUACAUCUUUGGUGGAAUUACCUUUCUGCCGCUAUGUGCAGCUGUUGUCUUUAUUCAUUUCUGGCUCACUGCACCGCCAUACGAGGCUAAAUCGAACGUUGAAGAUUUGGGAGAUGUUAUAGGAGAAGGAGAAUUGAGCGAAGAGAGAAAGAAACAAGCACUAGAUUUAGCAAUAUGGAAUCAAAAAGCAGAGAAAGAAGCAGAAGAGAGAAAAGGAAAAGAAAGUGAAGAGGAGAGCACGUCAACGGCCAUUCCUGGUGCUGCACGUCGUGUCAAUCCACCUGUCCCUCAAAAGCGACCUCAUCGUGCUGGCUGGCUAACGGUUCGAAGGCAUUUCCAGAACGAUGGCGUCAAUCUCGCACUCAAGGAUGCCGCCCAACAAGCGGCCAAAAAGUCCAAUGCACAAGCAGCAAAAGCAGCAGCAGCAACAGCAAACAACGGAGCAGAUGCAAAAUCGCAAGGCUAUAUGUCGUCAGUGUACAAAAGUGUGUUAAAUUUUAGAAACAAAGAUCCGGCCAAAGGUCCACUUUUGGACGCAAACCGAGGCCGAGAGUCACCUUCUGACAGACCUUCAGGAUCCUCAACGCCAGAGCAAACUCCACUUGAUCGUCCUCCAACAAGCAUUUCCUCAACCAGCAAAAAUAGCAAUAAUAGCCUUGCUGCUGCCCAGGCAUCAGCUGCAAAAGAGACAUUUUAUUGUAUCCUCAAAGGACCGAUCCUUUACCUCUAUUCUUCAGCCGACCCAAGCAACCCUGAAACGGAAUGUCAUGCUGCCAUCGAUCUGCGCGGCAAAAGGAUCAGUAUCUUUGUCGCCCAUGAAGGUGACACGAUGGGUGAGCCUAUCCCAGAAAGUUCAUCAGAAGCGAUGAGCACAAAUACAUCUACAGACAGUAUAAUGGCAAAGCGAAAAGAUAAGGGGGCUCAAACGUCUUCAAGCAAACGACCUACAAAAAGAGCAUUUGUACGUGAUGGAGAAUUAUUUGUCAAACGCAAUGCCAUCCGAAUUGUAUCCAUGGGAGGAGCUGGCAUGGUCACAAGCGAGAAAGUUCGAUUUGCAGAAUGGUUCGUAUUUGCAAAGAAUGCCUACCAACUAGAAGACUGGUACCAUGCCUUCAUCUCAGCGUCACUCUUGCCUGAAGGUUUGCAUGCCGAUCAAGAGCUAGAUCUCGUCGGCUCCGUAUUCUCAAACGAAGACAUGACAAAUCUUUUGGCUAAUCUUGACAAUGUGCCUGAUCCAAUCCCGUUACGUUGGCUCAAUGCUAUGGUGGGUCGAAUCUUUUUCAGUAUAUACAAGACUGCUUGGCUGGAAGAUUAUAUCACACACAAGUUUCGAAAGAAGAUUAGUCGAGUACGCACACCUGGCUUCUUGAGCGAUAUUCGGGUACGAGAAAUCGAUCUGGGUCAUACUGCUCCAGCAUUCAGCAGGCCCAUGUUAAAAUCUUUGACGGGUGAUGGAGAAGCCAGUAUGGAAGUAUCGGUUCACUAUCGAGGCUCCCUACGCCUCACGAUUUCAACCGUCUUGACGAUCUCUUUGGGUUCAAGAUUCAAGCAGUAUAAUGUCUCUCUUGUGCUUGCGGUCAUUCUCAAUUCAUUGGAAGGAAAUUUGUUGCUGCACAUCAAGCCACCUCCCAGUAAUCGUCUUUGGUUCGGCUUCACCAAACUUCCAACCAUGGACAUUUCUGUAGAGCCAGUUGUGAGCGAGAGGAAGGUGCAAUGGAGUAUGGUCAAGCGGCUCAUCGAAGGAAGAAUUCGAGAGCUAAUGACGGAAUCGCUUGUUGUACCCAAUAUGGAUGAUAUUCCAUUCUUUGAUACACGUUCAUUCGAUCAAAGAGGAGGGAUCUGGUCUGACGCUGCCAAAGGCGCGCAAAAGAUGGAUCUAGAUACGGUGACGAACGAUGAGCCAACAUCACUCUCAGCAGACGUCGAUGUUCAACGUCAAAGCAAGAGCACUCCUGCCUCCGUCUUGGACAUGUCCACAGAAGAUAGUACGCUUGGCAGUAGCUCUGCUGUGGAUACGAAUGAUGGCAAGUAUUUACGCAAUCGAAGUAUGACUGGAGAUGCAAGCCAUAGCGAAAGCGCACUUUUAUCUGCUUCUCCUGCUGCAGCAGGUCUGUCAUCCUUGUUGGCACGCGAUCAAGCAGCAUCUUCAGGAUCAACAAGUACGGGUGCAGGGAAAGGACCAAGUAAACGCAGAUCAUGGUUUGUGGGUCGCUCACAUUCUCCAUCUCGAGCUCCGGGUGGUCGAAAGUCCAACUUGCAGCAUAGCAGCUUAGCAUGGGGCAGCGCAAGUCUUUCGACAGGGGACGAUGCCUUGACCCACGAACGCAAUAAGCCGAGCAUCUCGUCUUCCAUUGGAGAACAAGGCAACGAAACAGAUACUUCCACCGCAGAGAGUCAGCUUGAUGCUCAUGAAAGUGAUGCAUACCCGGAAUCGGAACAGGCAGACCCAGAGUCUCAAGGUGAUGCCUUUACACGUCAAGAUGAUAUACCUGCUGUGCAGAUACACGGAAUGGAUAUAGAGGGAGAAGGAGAUGAAGAAGAUUUCAACGACGCAAUGUUUACAGCAAAAGCAGAACAUUUCAAUGAUUCAUCUGAAGACACAGCAAUGGAGCAUACUCAAACACCUGACAUUGCUCCAACCCCACCACCCCACGUUCCUCCUCGUCCUCCAAUCAAAACGACUGGAUCGUCAUCAUUCUUGCCUCCACCAUCGCGUUCAGCACGGCCUUCACCUGUUUCGUCUGCCUCUGUUGAUCAAGAGCAACAACGUUCGCCUGCAAUGCAAAGCUUAGCAUCCAUUCAGAAAGAAAGGUAUAGCGGAACGCCUACACAAGCACAUACAGCGGAUGAAGCACAUUCACGAAGCGCAGCAACACAAGCUGCCCUUUUGCAUGGAUGGAACAAAGCCAAGGCAAGCAUGGCAGAUCGUGAUAGCAGACAAGCAGCUGCAAAAGAAGCAAAAGACGCUUUUAAGAGAGGUUGGGCAAAUUGGAAUGCAAAGAGAUCAGGACAAGGUAUGUCCAAUGCUGGGGUGGAUACAAUCUUGACAAGUUCAGACAGGCUAGGAGAGUCUGGUCCUUCCCGCAGUAGCACCAUCACAACGCCUUCUAGCGAAACCGGCUGGCUUGCAAGCAGCCCUGAAGAUCCAGCUAGCCUCGGUGUCGGCUUUGAUGGGCAUGGGCUGAACACUUCUCCUUCGAUCUUAUCAUUGGACAAUACUCGCACACAUGAUGAAACGCUUACGCCCACUAGCAGUAGGGCCAGCUCGGUUGUCGGACGUAGACAACCCUACAGGGAACACCGAGCAGAUCGAUUAAAGAAGGAUACUGAACCGACUACUUCACGUCCUUCGUCUAGUGCUUCCUCGAUACGCUCCUUUGAUCAGUCUGCGUUACAACCUCCUCCUGUGCCAGCAAGGGAUAAUGAAGUGGGAGAGUCAAAGCAGGCUAUGCCGAAUGGUGGAUCGAUCCCUGCUCCAUAUGUGGCGGAGGGAGAUGCUUGGGAUGCUGAAACGCCCAGUCUGACCGCACCUGUACCUGCCGCUCAUCGUGAUUCGCAUACGGAAGCUCGCACAAAUCUCUCUUCGUCACCUGUAACCGCGCGGAGAUCGAACGCUGCCGUUUCUGGUAGUCCAGGCAGCGGAACAGGAGUGACACUGUCAUCCUCGGCUGAUGGUCAAGGUAAACCAUCUUACUUUUUGCCUGGACAAGCUACAGCGACGAUUGGAUUGUCGGGUGUCGAUUUGCCGUCUUUGCCGGCACAUGAUACACCAUCUGCACAGGUAACAGUGCCAGUGCGAGCAAAAGAAGGGGAGUCAUCAGAGAUUCAGAGAAGAGGUAGUGGUACAAGUGUGAGCCGAGAGCCGAAAGUUACAUCGCCAGAUCGACGGAUGUCACGUACAAGUAUAGGUGCACAAGAAUUACCGCAAGCGGGAUCACCUGAUGGUGCAACAACAUCGCCAAGCAUGCAGCCAAAAGGUAUCAAACAACAACCGAUUCGAGCUACGAUGAUGACCGUUCCUGGUAUUCCAUCUAUGCAAAAGGCAGGACCACAAUCAUUUGAAGCGCCAAAACCAGUUGUUGAGGCUUCACCGAAAGGCCGGACGAGCAAUUUGAGCGAUCAACCUUUAGGUGGAGGAGGAAGUCCACGAUUGGGUUUGGGUGAUUUAAUGUCGCGAAUCCCAUCUUUUGGAACUGCAUCGACGGCAGGACAAUCAGAAAGUAUUGCUGCGCCUUUGAGCGAGAAUGGAGGAGGUCCAUCUGCUCCCCCUUCGGUUUCCUCGGUUUCAGUUCAAGAUAAUACAGUCACACCUGCCUUGAAUGAUGUUGAAAGCAUCAAGGAAGAGAGCGAAAAGAGCACCACCACCAAGAGUCUUGAAGGAACAGAUUCUGCGCUGCAAUCGGCGGUCGAAGGACCAAGCGUGGAAGAAGUCAAAGAUCAAGAGCCAAAAGAGGAUACGACGCCAUCCUCGAAAAGGCCUGUGCCGAUCCCACCAACUUUACCACGACGACUUUCGGUAGCGGAAAGGCUUGAAAGCACAGUCAAACCUGCAAAAACGGAUGAUGAUGAUCAAUCAAAAGACUUAUAAAAAAUCGAUGAAGAGUCUUAUCAUUCCACCGUUAAAUCACAUCACAACUGUAUAUUGAACGCACAAUUUCACACUUCUUAACGUAAAGGCAUUAUGCAGAUUUGCGAUCUGAAUGAUUGUACAAGAGUAUGAGAAAGAAAGAUUCCAAUGUACA